GAAUUCGAUUGCCCUAGAACUGGAAUUGCUGGAUGGCGGAGGAGAAGAGUGGUGGCGGUGGAUCGUCGGGGGUGGUUUCGCCGAAGAUGAUGAAGGCGGGUGACCGGCAAGUGGUCAGGGUAGAGCUUCGACCAGGUGAGACUACGUAUGUCUCGUGGAGGAAGCUCAUGAAAGCGGCGGAAAGGGUAAAUGGAUCCUCUGCCUCACCAUCAGCCUCAGUCUCUGCCCCCGCGCCUGACCCCGUUCCCAAUGCUCAUCCGAAUCUCCAGUCUCGCAUCAUACCUGGACAACCAGCGGAAGAGGAAGUGAAGGAUGAGCCUCGUCCAAAUCGUUUCAGUGCUGUUAUUGAGAAGAUUGAGCACCUUUACAUGGGUAAAGAUAGCAGUGAUGAGGAAGAACUCGACAAUAUUCCUGAUGAUGAUCAAUAUGAUACAGAAGAUUCUUUUAUUGAUGAUAGAGAGCUGGAUGAAUAUUUUGAAGUUGACAAUUCAGCAAUAAAACAUGAUGGAUUCUUUGUAAACAGGGGAAAGUUGGAAAGGAUGAAUGAACCUGUUGAAGUACCUAAUCAGCAGCCAAAGAAAAGGAGAAGAAAAGAUAUGGCAAAAACUCAUGGUGAGAGUGCUGAGGAUUGUGCAUCAAAUAAGCACAUAAAAACUUCCAAGAUGCCUGCAGCAAAUACAGAAGCAUCACUUGGGAAGAACCCUUCCAGUCCUUUCCAGAAUAUGAAUGUAAUAGAUGAACCUUAUAGGGAUGUCAAAGGUCAGAACCAAUUAGGUGUUUCUGGAAUUAUCUCCAGGAAAAAAUCUUCUGAUAAAGAAAUGAUGACAGAUCCUUCUCCAUAUUUGAAAGUUUUGAAUGGUGAUGCAUCUGCAUCUAUGGCAGAUGUAAAGGAAGUCGAAAAGUCAAGGACUGGAGUUCUCCUGUCAAAGAAUAUUGCCACUAACAAAUGCAAGGACACAGGUGGGUCCUCAGAAGCUUUACAUCAGAAAUACAGUGAUAAAAAUGCAUAUUCACAACCAAAACUCCAACAUGGAAAACCUCUGAGCAACAUAGAGCAGCUUGAACCAUUGGUUGGAACAAGAGAAAAGAAUGGCAUCUGUGAACUGGGUGACAUUAAUGUUUCUGAGGGAAAAUAUGUCAUGCAAACCACAAAUACUUCACACAUGCCCCGAAAGGAUGGUUCAACUAUUAGGCCCAAAGGUUCAAUGCUUGAAAAGGCUAUUGGGGAGCUCGAGAAGAUGGUUGCUGAAUCAAGGCCACCUGCUGUGGACAUUCAAGAGGCUGAUACUACAGCCCAGGGGGUUAAGAGGAGGUUGCCUAGAGAAAUAAAGAUGAAGCUUGCUAAAGUUGCUAGAUUAGCGCUGGCAAGCCAGGGGAAAGUAUCAAAGGAGUUAAUCAACCGACUGAUGAGUAUUCUAGGUCACUUAAUACAGCUCAGAACACUUAAGCUUGCAGAAUUGUGGCCAAAUGGUUUAAUGGACAACCAUGGGAUUAAACGUGCAAUUUGUAGGGCAAAGGAGCAGCAGAGAGCAUCAAUCUACACUCAUGAGUCUGUGGAGAAAAUCAGGAGGAAAAAGAUGUUGACUGGAAGAUUAUAUGAGAAUGUUCAAGUUGAGGCAAGGACGGGUACUGAAUCUAGUAGUCUUGCUUUAACCUCGAGUAGUAAGCCAAUUCCAAGUCCAAGCACAACUGUGGCCACCGUCCAGAUGCCAAGUCCUUCAACCAAUGGCUAUAGCUUGGACAGACUAAAACAAGAGAAGCUAAAGGGGAGUUCAAGCAAUGCCAUGGAUGAAACAAGGAUGGCAGAUGGUUCCUUGACAAAGAAAAAGGUGAAGAAGAAGCCCGAACUGGAGUUAGAAGAAACCCACUUCCGUCCAGAGAAGUUACCUGCUCAGCUCAUUGAAGGAAGCCACAAGUCUAUGAAGACUUCUGUUAGUCAUACCUAAAAAUCGAACUUUCAGCACUGCUCGUCCCAUUAUGGAACUAUCAAACUAAUAUAAUGUAGUUGAUUUAGUAAAUUGUCUCUCUUUUUCAUCUUUUUCUUGAUCUUAAUGGUGAUCUCCAUGCAUCUAAGUAACUAAUUGUUACCAUCAAGAAAAAGGGCAAACACUG